AUGGCGGCGGAGCUGGCGCAGAUGAAGUCCCUUCUCCGGGCCCUCCACCCGAGUGCGGUGGAAACUGAAGUAUCAGAUCCACCCGCGGCCGAGCAGUUCUCGGAUGAGGACGUUAUCUCGGUGACGGCAUCCGCCAACCUCUUCACAGAGUACAGCGACGGGCAAGACACCCAGGCUUCCAGGCCGGGUUCCCACCUCUCAGUCCAGAGUCGGUCGGAGGGGGGAGAGGAGGGCUCCAUCGGGUCUGUCAUGCGCAUGGCCCUGGCACGCCUUCAGCUGGAUAUACAGCAGCCCAAAACCCCACAGGUUAGUGCGUUCUUCAGGCGCACUUCCGUCCCCGCCACCUUCUCUGUCCCUCCCUCCGAAGAUUACCUAAGGGAGUUACACGCAUGCUGGAGAGACACCCGUGCUCAUUCCCGGCCUUCGACCGAGGGACGAACCCUGGCGUCCAUGCAGGACGCGGCCAAGUAUGGUCUUGAGCGCAUGCCAGCCAUUGAGCCAACUAUUGCAUCCCUCAUAGUUUCCCCAGAGGAGACUCUAAGACCGGAGGCCAGGUGCCCUCGGCCCCAGUGUCGGGCCACGGACGAACUGCUUUCCCAGGCCUACAACACGGCAGCCCGCAUGGGCCGUAUCGGUAACUCCCUCUCCCAUCUCAUGCUUGCCCUCUCGGAGUCUCUACAGCAGGAUACUCCCGACGCCUCCUCUAUCAGCCUCAGUGAUGCGUCACUGCAGGCGUUUGGCCUCAUGUCGAGGGAGCUCGGGCGCCUGAUGUCCACCCUGUCGAGCCCGGGGAGAUGUUCGGAUCGGCCGCGCUCCAGGCGCUCCAGCGAACUGUGCAAGCCAGUCAGGCCAGGCAGCAGUUCGCUGAUCUUCGCCGUGCCAUGCCCCCACCCCGACGGGCAUCCAGGGGCCCCACGCCGGCCCCCAGAGACCAUUUGCAGCCCCGCGCUCGCCUUAAUAGUCAGCGCAGGCCUCAGCACCCCGCUGGGAGGCCAACCCACUCACAACGUGCGGUUUCUGGCGGACUCCCCAGACAGUUUCCAAACCCUGGGAUUACCAGCCGCCCCCCCACAGCCACUAGAGGCAGGGGGGGCAGGAGAUGAAGUCUCCGGGCCGGCCGUUGGGUUUUUCUCCCAGCAGCAGAUCCGCUACUGGGCAGCUCAUGCCCCAGACCCAUGGGUGGUGUCCACCCUAGCUCAGGGCUACAAGCUCCAAUUCCGACGCCGGCCCCCAGCCUCCGGCCGGGUCAGGAUAACUACCAUCGCCGACCCGGCAAAAGCCUUAGCCUUGAGCCAGGAACUUGCCAAACUCCUGGCCAAGGGCGCAAUCGAGGCGGUAGACCCCCUGUCAGAGCCCAGGGGGUUUUAUUCAACCUACUUCCUCGUAAGGAAGAAAGAGGGCGGACUCCGCCCAAUCCUAGAUCUGAGGGGACUCAACAAGUUCCUGAAGGUCUUGCCAUUCCACAUGCUCAGCACGGCAGACGUCCUUCGUACCAUCUCCAGAGGGGACUGGUUCACGUCGGUCGACUUGAAGGAUGCCUAUUUUCAUGUCCCCAUUGUGCCUCGUCACAGACAGUUCCUUCGUUUCGCCUUUCAAGGCCGUUGUUUUCAGUUCAGGGUGCUUCCAUUCGGACUCUCCCUUUCCCCACGUGUGUUCACAAGAUGUGUUGCGGCUGCCCUUUCCCCCCUGCAGUUGCAGGGCAUGACGGUAAUGCCGUAUUUGGACGAUUGGCUGAUCUGUGCACCAUCCCAAACUCAGGCUGCACAAGACACCACCCGCCUUCUCUCCCAUGUGGCCCUAUUGGGCCUCAGGGUGAACAUGCAGAAAUGCUCUCUGCGCCCGUCCCAGAGCAUAACCUUCAUCGGUGUAGCUCUGGACUCAGCCGCUAUGAGAGCCCGUCCGUCACGCCGGCGUGUCGACGACAUCCUCCGCAACCUGCCCCUCUUCCGAGGGGGCAGGCGGUUGCCCUACAUUCUCUUCCUUCGCCUGUUGGGCAAAUUGACAGCCGCCUCAGCUGUCAUUCCCUUGGGUUUGCUGUCACUGCGGCCUCUACAGAGAUGGCUGAACAGCCUCCAUUUGGAGGUCACGUGCCACAGGCACAGGAGAGUGGAGGUAUCACAGCAGUGCCUUCGAGCCCUAUCACCAUGGAGGGAGAGGGCGUACCUGUCGGGGGGUGUCCCCAUGGGUAUGGUCCCGUCCCGGCGGGAGGUCGUCACAACGGACGCCUCCCUCUCAGGGUGGGGCGCAGUGUGGCAGAACAGGACUGCUCAGGGGCAGUGGUCCGCUCAGGACCACACCGAGCAUAUCAAUGUCCUGGAGCUGCGGGCUGUGCACCUAGCACUCAAGCAGUUCCUGCCAUUCCUGGCUGGGAAACACGUACUCGUUCGGUCGGACAACACCCCGACCGUUUUCCACAUAAACCAUCAGGGUGGCACCAGGUCGGCAAAGCUGCUACACGCGGCUUGCGCCCUUCUGACUUGGGCAGCCCCUCACCUGACCAGCCUUCGGGCGAUGUAUAUUCCAGGGAAACAGAACCAGAUUGCAGAUUCCCUCUCCCGCCACAGACCCCCACCGGAGUGGCUCCACCAAGUGGUGCAGAGCAUCUGGGGUCUCUUCGGCAGGGCGAGGGUAGAUCUUUUUGCCUCGGAGACGUCAACCCACUGCUCCCACUGGUUCUCCCUGAGGGAUAGGACCAGCCCUCUGGGGCAAGAUGCCCUGGCGCACACAUGGCCAGGGGGCCUUCUUUAUGCUUUCCCCCCAAUUCCCCUGAUCUUACCAACGCUUCUCAGGGUACUUCAACAGGGCCACAGUCUCCUACUGGUGGCCCCGCGAUGGCCAGCCAGGACUUGGUUCCCCCUACUGCACAGGCUCUGCUCCGGGACGCCAUGGUGCCUCCCGGACAGGAGGGAUCUCCUUUCACAGCUAGGAGGCCAGAUCUGGCACCCCAACCCCAGCCGCCUGCAGCUAUGGGCCUGGCCACUGCAGGGUCCGACCUGCUGCUGAGCAGCUGCACAGACCUAGUCAAGGGGACUAUUCGGCAUGCCAGAGCACCAUCUACCCGUCUACAGUACGAGUGUAGAUGGAGGCUGUUCUCUGAUUGGUGCGUGGGCCGCAACACCGACCCGGUGCAGUGCCCCGUGCCGGUUAUAUUAGAGUUUCUACAGUCCCUCCUGGAUAGGGGCCGGUCUCCCUCUACCCUGAAGGUGUACGUAGCUGCUAUCUCAGCACAGCACGCCGGGACUAACAAGGGCACGGUGGGGAGCCAUAGGUUGGUCUCCCUCUUCUUAAAGGGAGCUCGGCGACUGCGUCCUCCGAGCGCCCCCAGGGCUCCCCCAUGGGACCUACCCAUGGUACUGGACACACUAUGCUCGCCUCCUUUCGAACCCAUGUCAGGGUCAGAGCUAAAAUGGCUGUCGGCAAAGACCGUUUUUCUCCUUGCCAUCACUUCAGCAAAGAG